AUGGAAUGCGGGUUAUCCAACAACACUCAGAACGAGCUUCUUCAUCACCAAACACAUAGCACUUCACAUCGUGGUAACCAAGCAAACAAAGCAAAAAAGGUGGCAGAACAAGUUGGCAAGACGGCUGAGCUGCAGAAAGAGCUGUCUUCAGCACAACAGCAAUUAGAUUUGGUGAAGGCGAAGAGGGAUGGCUUGAAACAUCAACUCAAGGAGACAAAGUUGGUGACAACCUCAUCUGGCACUAUUCGCAAGAAUAGGAUGCCGAAGAAGACACAAGAGCAGUCAAGCUCGAGUGGUCAAGUCAAGACCAAUGUGAAGGUGGCAAGGAAAAUGGCUACAGAAGUGCCGAAGCAUAAUGAGUUCGAGAUGGACAUUGAUAGCAAUAACUGUGAGCCUCCAUCAUUGUCUGAUCUGUACUCCGAGGUACAGAGUCCUAGUGGUGAUGUGGUUGGCGACUUCAGUGUCCACAACUCAGAAAGUGAGGUACAAGCAGACACCCACCAGACCCUAUGGUCCACCUCCCCAGCUUCUCAUGCUCUACCGCUCGUUGAAGAGAAGGCUGAGCUUGAUGACAAUGUUCAGAAUGCUCAAACAUUGCAUCAAUCCCAGUCAGCAGAAGACUCUGCUCUCGCCGAGUCUUCUGUUCCAGCCACCCAGACUGUUGCAACCACAGACCUCACUGCCUGGCAUGCAUUCAAAGAUGCCAUAGCUCAACCAUUUCUUGACGUUGAUUUGUACAACCCGCCAAACAGCGUUGAAACCUACAUUCCUCACUACACCAAUUCUUUCAACUUUGAUUACCCCUCAUUCAACUUUGGCCCUGUCGACUGGUCUUCCGAUGAACGAGUAUCAGAUUUACCAAGAUCUCGUCCCCCGCAUCGCCAGUUUCUGCACCAUCUUCACCCUCCUUACCAACAACAGUGCCAUCUGAUAAUCCUGUGGCAGCCACUGAGUAUCAGUACCGACCGAAAUGAAAGGAGAGAGAUGUACCCAAUACUUCAAAAAUUAUCGAUGGUAGCAUGA